CAUCCACUUGGAUUCUUCAUCUUCUUCAUCAAUGUACGCAAUAUAAAUACCCCAACAAAGCCUUUGAUCAUUCAUCGGAGUUCACACAAACAGUUUCAGUUAACAAACGUAGUACCCUGUUCGUAACAUCAACAGAGUCAUGGAAGAAAUUAGCGUGGUUCAAACCAAGGGUGGAACAGUUUCAGUGGCUUCUGCAUUUGCUGGUCAUCAGGAAGCUAUUCAGAGCAGAGAUUACAAAUUUUUAAGAAUUGCUGUUGAAGAAGCAUAUAAAGGGGUAGAGUGUGAAGAUGGUGGUCCAUUUGGUGCAAUUAUAGUUUGCAAAGAUGAAGUAGUUGCCAGUUGCCACAACAUGGUGCUCAGGAACACAGAUCCUACUGCUCAUGCAGAAGUCACUGCUAUAAGAAAGGCUUGUGAAAAGCUGAAGCAGAUAGAACUUUCAGACUGUGAAAUAUAUGCUUCGUGUGAACCUUGCCCAAUGUGCUUUGGAGCAAUUCAUCUUUCACGAGUUAAGAGACUGGUUUAUGGAGCAAAGGCAGAAGCAGCAAUUGCGAUUGGAUUUGAUGACUUCAUUUCAGAUGCAUUGAGAGGAACUGGAUUCUAUCAGAAAGCACAGCUUGAAAUUAAAAGGGCUGAUGGCAAAGAGGCUAACAUUGCUGAAGAAGUUUUUCAGAAAACAAAGGAAAAAUUCAGAAUGUAUUAGUCUCGAUUCCUGAUAAAUAGCUACCACUAAUUCUAUCAUAUGCCAAUUAAAAUAAAACUCUCACUUUCUACCACAUCGUGCCACUCUCAUGUUAAAUCCUUCCAAUCAUUGUAAAUAAAAUAAUUAUGAGAUGUGAAGACAAUUUGCACCAGAA